CCAAGCAGCGCAGCGCAUCUCAUCUCUCUGUCUUCUGCCGAUCACCGAAUAAAGUGGCCUAUCAUGGGUGAUAAUCUCCUCGAAAAAACCGUCCUCGUGACUGGUGGUGCUGGCGGUCUCGGCAAAGCUAUCGCGACCAAGUUCCUCGAAGCCGGUGCCAACGUGGUCAUCUGUGAUAUUCAUGAGCAGAGGCUCCGUGAGGCAGCUGCGGAGCUUGGAGUCAAGGGUCGUGUGAAAGCUGUCCAGGCGGAUAUCACAUCUGCGACUGACGUGCAGAGACUCGUGGACGAGGUGGUGGCAGAGUUUCGGCAGCUGGAUGUCCUGAUCAAUAAUGCGGGGAUUAUGGAUCGGUUUGAUCCCGUGGGGGAUCUGGACGAGGGACUCUGGGAUAGAGUGAUGGCCGUGAACUUGACGGCGCCGUAUCUGUUGAGUAAGCUGGCGGUUAGGAAUAUGCUGGCCCAGGGGGAGGGGAAAAGGGACGGAUGCAUUGUUAAUAUUGUAUCCGUGGCGGCGAAAGCUGGGUGGGCUGCUGGUGCGGCAUACACGGCAAGUAAACACGGACUUGUCGGAUUGACGAAAAACACGGCCUCGUUCUAUGGGAAUCAAGGGAUUCGAUGCAAUGCGCUGAUGCUGGGAGGUAUGGACACGAAUAUUGUCGACGCGUUCCAGUCGGGCAUCAACGCGGUCGGCUUGAAUAAGGCAAGGGGAAUCAUGGCGGCUGUUCAAGCACCACUUUGUCAGGCCGAUCAGGCGGCGGACGUGUGUCUGUCGUUGGCAUGUGGGAAAGGCUCGAAGUUGAUUAACGGCGCUUGCAUUCCGGUGGAUCAAGGAUGGACCGGAGUGGUGGGUUGAGCGGGAGAUAAAUGAUUUCAACUUCUGUAUUUCCGUGGCAAGGGACCAACCAACCCCGCAAUUUGAUGACAGAGGAUGUUUCACGUUCGUGGGCC